UCUGAACCACCACCAUGUCCCGCUAGAACAAGAGUUCACAUUCUGCAAAAGGAGCUAUCAGGAGGAAACAUUCUGAAAUGGAUUCCAAGUAUUUCAUCUUAAUUUUGCUAUGCCAAUACCUGAACAGCACAUUUUUCUCAGAGACAGAAGCAAUUUCAACAGAGCAGCAAACACAGUCUACUCUACUCACAUCACCAAUGUUGCAUGUUACAACUAAUUCUCAAAACACAGCAGGGAAUGCUUUAAGUCAAACAACACAAGUCAACAUUUCUUCUGGACAACAAUUACUGCCUGCCAAAAUUACUCCAGGACAACCAACACCAGCUGUUUAUGUUUCUUCUACAGAACCAAUAUUACACACUUCUGCAAGGCCACUUGCUUAUAAUAUCACCAGACAAGCAAUAUCAACGGCCAACAACUCCUUCCCACAAACAUCACUACCUGGGUUCACUUUGGCAAAUCAAACAUCACCUUCUACCCACAAUUCCACUGAACAACCACCAAGACCUCUUGUCUACACUUCCACACAACAGCCAUGGUCACCUGCUCCUACCUCUUCUGGAAAACCAGUACUACAGACUGUUCAUAAUCAACCCAUAAAACCAACACCAACUAUUUAUACACCUAGGACUAGCAACUCACCAAGGAACACAGCACCAUUCACUUCAGAACCAACAAGUGGGAAAGGAACAACUGCACAUAAAACCAACCCCAAUGCAAUAGCUGCCAUAUUAAUUGGUGCAAUAAUAGUUUCUAUGUUGGUAGCUAUACUCAUGAUUAUACUGUGGAAAUACUUGAGGAAACCAGUUUUAAAUGACCAAAACUGGGCGGGUAGGUCUCCAUUUGCUGAUGGAGAAACACCAGACAUGUGCAUGGAUAACAUUAGAGAGAGUGAAGGAGCCACAAAACGCACAUCAGUCGUUUCACUUAUGACUUGGAAGCCAAGCAAAAGCACACUGUUAGCAGAUGAUUUAGAAGUUAAGUUGUUUGAAUCAAGUGAACACAUCAAUGACACCAAUAACCUCAAAACUGAGAGUGUAAAAGAUCAAAUAAAUGGUGUAUCAGAAGACAGUGCUGAUCGCUCAACAAUCGGUACAGCUGUGUCUUCUUCAGACGAUGCAGAUCUGCCCCUGCCACCUCCCCUUCUUGAUCUGGAUGGGAACCUAUCUGACAAGCCCACAAUGGUAAUUGUAUCUCCUCUACCAAAUGAUUCUACCAAUUUCCAAUCAUCUCCAGACAGUCUAAAUCAGGCAUGUGAAGAUCUUAAUUCCAAUAUCAAAGAGCCAUUUCUGCCACCCCCUGACUCUAACCUGCCUCUGUUAGCAGUAGAUUUUAUAAACAGUCAAGAGUCUAACCACAAGACUCAGUGCCAGGAGUUCUCUACUCCUAACUUCCAUCAGGAUUUUACUGACUCGCUGCCACCACCACCUCCAGAGCUGCUGUAAAGUGACAGCUUGCUUUCUAGCCUGUCCUCCAUCCUGAAAGGACUCCAUCCUGUUCCUGCUCAUGGUACAUCACAUGUAACAAGACAACUAGCAGCCGACUAACUUCUGUUUAGGACCUACCUGACAUCUGAGUGAAGCUCAUGUACACGGGUAGAUUAUCACAGUGGUAUAACGACCAGCUAUAGAACUUAUUUUAAAGCAGAGUGCCUUUUAUAUAUGUGAAUGAUACAUAU